UGGUCUGAGAGGCCGGAAGUAGAUCUCGCGGGGGGCUGGCGGCGGCGGGAUUGAUGGAAGAGAGAAUGUCUGGAGAAAGCGCGGUGAGUCCAGUGCCCGCAGCAUCAACCCGCACCACCUCCUUCAAAGGGGCAAGCCCAAGUUCCAAGUAUGUCAAGCUGAAUGUGGGAGGAGCUCUCUAUUACACGACCAUGCAGACCCUGACCAAACAGGACACCAUGCUGAAGGCUAUGUUCAGUGGCCGGAUGGAGGUGUUGACGGACAGCGAAGGCUGGAUCCUCAUUGACCGCUGCGGGAAGCAUUUUGGCGCAGUACUGAACUACCUGCGUGAUGGCACUGUGCCAUUGCCAGAGACUAACCGUGAAAUUGAGGAGUUGCUGGCUGAAGCGAAGUACUACUUGGUGCAGGGGCUGGUGGAGGAGUGUCAAGCUGCUCUUCAGCAGAAAGAAACUUAUGAGCCUUUCUGUAAAGUUCCUGUGAUCACAUCCAACAAAGAGGAGCAGCGAUUGAUAGCAACUUCUAACAAGCCUGCAGUUAAGCUGUUGUACAACAGAAGCAACAACAAAUACUCCUACACCAGCAACUCGGAUGACAAUAUGCUGAAGAACAUUGAGCUGUUUGACAAGUUGUCGCUGCGUUUUAAUGGGAGAGUGCUCUUCAUAAAGGAUGUCCUUGGCGAUGAAAUCUGCUGCUGGUCCUUCUAUGGGCAGGGCCGGAAGAUUGCUGAGGUCUGCUGCACCUCCAUUGUGUACGCAACAGAGAAGAAACAGACCAAGGUUGAGUUUCCUGAAGCUCGAAUCUAUGAAGAGACCCUGAAUAUUUUACUGUACGAGACUCAGGAUGGACGUGGGCCGGAUAACGCACUGUUAGAAGCGACUGGAGGAGCGGCAGGUCGGUCUCAUCACCUCGAGGAAGAGGAGGAGCGGGAUAGGAUUGAACGGGUUCGGAGGAUUCACAUCAAGCGGCCAGAUGACCGAUCACACCUCCACCAGUGAGAGGAACUGCUUGGCGUCUGUCUGUCUGUCCAUAGGUCCUACUCUUGAACCCUUUUCUCCUUACUUUCCCUGGAGAAAGUGAUAGAGAAGAGACAACUUUAUCACAAAAUGAGGUUCCUAUAACGUUUUAGAAUAGUGAAUAGAUUAACGUCAAUCGGUAAAACUAAGCCAGACUGAAGAACUCAUGAUGUGCAGUACAUGGAGCGCUAAAGAAUGGACACACUGCACAAUGUAGUCUGGGUAUCCCGAUUACACGGUUAGACUCUAGCCUUACACAGCACUGUAAUUAUUGAAGAAGAGGCAAUGCACUUCUUAAAUUGUACAGAAUGUGUUCAACUAUUACUCUUCACAGAAAAUAUAACUGAACAGUUAAUUUAUUUUCAUUGUUUUUCCAAUCUUGUGGAGCAGAGAUCACAAUUGACUGAAAAUUGUGGAGAGGCACAGCAGGUUCAUCAGAAAGGAAGGCGUACUGCUCGCUGUGUGCUGAACAGUAUCCUGAUACCUGUCCUUCAGAAAGAUGCUGGCCCUGUUGUGUGUUUCCACCUUUGGGCACUGUUCCUUCAUAAAAAUAGCCUUUCUUUUUUUGUUGAUAAGUUACAGAUAUCACGUAAGCAAUGUUUAAUUUCCUUCCGUCCAAUCAAAGCAGAAUUAGGAUUUUUUCAUGGAGUAGUCUUGCCUUUUGUGUUUUAUACACUGACAUAGUAAUUUUUAAUGAGGAGGCCCUUCUCACAAUUCUUGCAUUUCCUUGCAACCCAGAGAGCUGUAAUCAGUCGCUGUUCUUGCUAAGGUAUAGAUGAAACUAUAAUUGAUUUUCUCAGUUUGUUGAAGAUCAAUGAAGAGGACUUUUUAAAAAAUAUUCUCCCCAAAGCCCACUCACAAUUGACUUGUAGCACUCAACUCCCUUCCCACUGUUUCUCUCUGGCCUGUUCCAGUUUCAGCUGGUUGUCAUGUGUUAUGUCAGUUUGACUCCUGAGCUGCCACUUGGUCAUUAUUAGGCAGGUAUUUAUUGAGGUGUUUUUAAAUAACAGUGGUUGAUGGAAGAGCUGAUUAUUAUCACAUGUGCAGAACACGCAUGAGCUCAAUGUACUUGUGCUCUACAGUAUAAUCUCUCGGACCGUCUGGAUUUGUCCAGACAUGAAGAACACGUGACCAUCAUUCACGGUGUACUGAUAUCAGGUGGAACAGCAGCUAUCUACAUCAUUUCUACUUUCAAAUGUGUGUUAGAUUUCUGCCAAGCACACAGUAAGGUUCUCUUCCUGAUCAAAGCAGAUUACAGAACAAUGUAACUCUUUAAAUUAUUAUAUAUUUUGGCCCAAAGUUCAACAGUUGUUUAUGGCAUUGGCAUUAAAUAUUCCCUUCCCUUCCCUUCCCUCACAGCACCCUGCUACUCUCUACCCCACCUCACCACACUUCCCCCAGACCCUUACAUUAAAUAUUCCCUUCCCUCACAGCACCCUGCUGCUCUCUACCCCACCUCACCACACUUCCCCCAGACCCUUACAUUAAAUAUUCCCUUCCCUCACAGCACCCUGCUACUCUCUACCCCACCUCACCACACUUCCCCCAGACCCUUACAUUAAAUAUUUCCUUCCCUCACAGCACCCUGCUGCUCUCUACCCCACCUCACCACACUUCCCCCAGACCCUUACAUUAAAUAUUCCCUUCCCUCACAGCACCCUGCUGCUCUCUACCCCACCUCCCCACACUUCCCCCAGACCCU